AUGGCUGCUGCACAUCGAGCGCCAGCGCUACGCAGCCUCCUGGGCCGACAGCUCCCAAGCUUCCGCGCACCGGUUCAGCAACGGCGCUGGGCCCAGGUCCACGAUGUGCGAUUCCUCGCCACAACCCAAGCGUCGCGCAAUGUUGCCGAGAAGUACCGGGAGAAGCUCGACCGCAAGGCGAAGGAGGAGGGCCACCAGGACAUUGGUUCGCUAAAGGCGGCCUACGCCGACAAGAUCGAGGAGCAUAGAAAGAAGAGCAAGAUCUCGGUACCGGGCCUGGACGCCCUGAUAGCUGACGAAGAGCCUCCCGCGCAGUCGCCCCCACGAUCGCAGUCCUCGCCCGAGAGCACGACGACCGCCCCCGAGCAGAAACAACCCCGCCCGGCAGCAUCCUCCUCAACCGGGAAGUCGGGCAUCAAGCCGCUCUCCGAGAUCCUCGACCUGCCCAAGGCCCGCGAGUUGCCGGUGAAGGAGCUCUCGGCCAUCUGGCGGCUGCGGCACGCCUCGAACCCGAGCUCGCUGUGUGCCGUGAUACCGGCGGCGACAUACAAGGCGUUGGAGGCGACGGCGAGGCAGCACCCGACAUUCGUGCUGCCGGUGCCGCGGGCGGAAGCCGGCGCCGAGAUCCAUUUUCUGCAGUGGGUGUUUGACGCAGAGUCCAAGACGAGCACGGUGCUGUUCACCCAGCUGGCAGAAUACAAGGUCCGCGGCGAGUGGGCUCAGCCGCACACCAGCGUUACGCAUUACUGGGACCCCGAGGUCGCCGACAACCAGGGGGUGGCGUUAAUGGCAGGCAACGUUGUUGAUGGCCGUGGUGCUAACCUUCAGGAUGCGCAGUGGCUGGUCAUGUUGAUGCAGCGAUUUUACGGCGCAGAGGGCGCAGCCGGGUCCGGAGAGAAGAGGAAGCUACUGGAGGAGUUCGCAAAGGGUGCCAAUGGCGAGUUUAGCGUUGAGAAGCUUCUGGAGGAGAGCGAGAAGCUGGGUUAA